UGAAAUUUGGCGCGAAAAUCGCGAGUCGAAGAAGAAGAAAUCUCGAUUUUCGAUUUCUCGUUUAUUUUUGCAAAAAAAUCGCAGAAUUUUUUCUGUAGCAAUAUAUUUUUUGAAGAGAAUAAGUAUUAGAUAGUCUACAUUGCUUUAAGAUGCAAAGUGAUGUACCAAAAAGGUUGAAGCAGCCAGUCGUAUUGUCGGUUGUCCCUGACUUCAAGAGAUACCCAGAUCGACUGCAGAUGUAUAGACUGCCUCCAACUGAUAAUAUAUCGCUGGAAGAGUUUGAAGAAUUUGCUGUAGAAAGACUUAAAGUCCUUCGAGAAAUCGAGACAAAUUCCAUCAGGUACAAGAAAGAUAGCGAUGAGUACAAAAAGAAUACUAUGAAGGCAUUAAAGGAACUCGUUGGUGUAAAUUACAAAGCUACAGGAGAAGAAAACAUUAAAAAGAAGAGUAAUGAAAUACAUAAUGAAAGAAGAAAAGAUCACAUAUCUCACUUUAUCCUACGACUGGCAUAUUGUAGAUCGGAAGAGCUACGAAGGUGGUUUUUAACCCAAGAAACAGAACUAUUCAGAUUUCGAUUUGACUUUGAAAUUGAUCCAAAAGCCAUUGAUUCUUUUCUUGAGCACAACAACCUAUCCUACACUGAUAUCAGUAAGGAGGAAAAGGAUCGUCUUGAGAUAAAGCUCAAGGACUCUGGAUAUAAUCUUCCACUACAGCUAGUCCAAGCAACUCAAUAUUACAAGGUACCUUUUACAGAGGCUCUUGAUUUAGUCCGUUCAAGGAAGGUGUAUCUUGAAGGAGGAUAUGCCUAUGUUCCUCGGAAUGAGCUUUCUUCAAUCAUAUCCAAUGUUUUCCGCACCAACCUAUCUCAUGCAUUAGCACUAACAGCCAGAGCAUUACCAUAUCUUGAGGAGGACGAAAGACUUCUCCCAAGACUCACCAAUCUCAGUCGGCAGUAUGUGGGUCAAGAUUAUAGUCAGAAGAAGAACAUUGCUGGUGGUAAAAUAAGCUUGGAUCAAAUUGAUGCUGUUGCAUGGAAAUCAUUUCCCUUAUGCAUGCGCAAUCUCCAUCAAUCUCUCCGUGAACAUCAUCACUUGAAGCAUGGUGGCCGUAUGCAAUAUGGUUUGUUCUUAAAGGGCAUUGGGAUUUCGCUUGAGGAGUCUUUGAUAUUUUGGAGGUCAGAAUUUUCAAAAGUAAUGGAACUUGAUAAGUUUGACAAGCAGUAUGCUUAUAACAUUCGACAUAAUUAUGGCAAAGAAGGCAAGCGAGCAGAUUACACACCUUACAGCUGUAUGAAGAUUAUCAUGUCCAGUCAGCCAGGGCCUGGAGACUGUCAUGGGUGUCCAUAUAGACACACAGAACCUAAUCUUCUCAAACAGAGGCUGGCAACUCACAAACUUGGCAAAGAAGGACUGGAUCAGGUAAUGAAUUUAGUGAAAGAAUCUCAUUACCAACUUGCCUGCACCCGUUAUUUCGAGCUGACUCAUUCAACAGAAGACAUGCCUGGCUUUAACCAUCCAAAUCAGUACUUUGAAGAGAGCAGAAAGAUUCUCACAGGAAACACCUCAAGCUCUCAGGAUAGAAGAAGUCAAACACCUAGACCCAUCAAGAAAGAAAAUGCCAUCAAACAGGAAAAUACAAAGGAGAAUGAACUUCUGGAAGAACUGGAUGACAGUGAGCUUAUGGAGGUGGAAGGUGUUUGAUAGAUUACACUCUGGGAUCACUGUAGAAUAAAUUUGAAUGCCUUAUUCUGGACUCUAGGGACUGUAGGCUAUUAUACUAUGCUGGUUGUGGGCUUGCUGUUGAAAACCUAUAACCUCAGACCUGCUGGCUUACUGCGUGGAACAAAAAAGACAAAUAAGGCUUUAGGUAAGCAGAAAAACGAGCGCUUUUAUCCACUCUAUUUCUUUCCUUUUCCAUUAUUCGGUAUUCCAUGAAAAUAACAUCCUUUAUACCAGUAAGAUAUAUGUACAUAGAGCAUUGAUAAUAAUUAUAAAUGAGCAAUAGCAAACAGGAAAAAAAUGCCAAAUAUUUUGCAAAUGGUCCAAAAAAUUAAUGCUUUUAACCAACAAUUUUCUUCGUUACUUUUUGUCAGAUUUAUUAUUUUUCAAAAAUCAGUUUAGUAAUUACAGUACAUUUGUAACAUACAUGUUUGAGCAGAACGUAUCUAUGUUGUAGUUUUGAUCAAAAAUAGGAUUAAAGUUUGUGGUAUGCUGCCCCUCAGUGGUAAUAACGUAACAAA